CAAGCGAAUUAUUAUAGGCUCUGACUGUUAUUCCACAGCCAGCAGUGAUGAGCAAGGGGAAGAUGAAAGGCCAAGAGAACAUGCUCAGCUCCCUCCUCAGCAUCCAGGAGAACGAGCGACUGGUGGACCUGCUGGGCCGGAGAUGUGUGACUCUGGCGACUGCAGUUGUGCAGCUCUAUAUGGCGCUGCCUCACAGUCCAGCUCACUGGAGUCUACAGUAUUCUGGAGUGGUGUGUUUUGUCAAGGAUAACCCUCAACGUUCAUAUUUCAUUCGCCUUUUUGAUAUUAAGGAGGGGAAAAUUAUAUGGGAGCAAGAGCUGUAUAAUCAGAUGACCUGCUCCAGACCUAAGCCGUUUUUUCUGACUUUUCCAGCAGAUGAUUGCCAAGUGGGUCUAAACUUUGCAAGUGAACAAGAAUCAGAUUGUUUCAAAAUCACAGUCGAGGAAAAGAUAAGCCAGAAAACUAAUCGCCAAGAAAAAAGACUUGCUCCAGGUGAAGAAAAACGAGCUCCACCACUCCCACCAACACCAAACAGUACAGGGAUGACGCCAAGCAGCAUGGUCACAGUGGAUAUCCAGAACCCAGACAUUAUUCAUUCUCGGUACCGCUCUUCUACUGUUCCUGUUCCUGCACCCGCUUCCCUGGGCAAGGGUAAAAAAGACGCAAAGGGAAAGAAGAAGGGACCCCGACUAACUAAAGCAGAUAUUGGAGCUCCUAGUGGGUUUAAACAUGUCACACAUGUUGGAUGGGACCCUAACAGUGGUUUUGAUACCAAUAAUUUGGACCCAGACCUGAAAAAGCUAUUCUCUUGUGCUGGCAUCAGUGAAGAUCAGCUGACAGACAAAGAGACUUCCAAACUCAUUUAUGACUUCAUUGAGCAGUCUGGAGGCCUGGAUGCUGUCAAAGAGGAAAUGAGGAGGCAGGAUGCCAUGGGUCCUACAUCACGGAGUUUCCCUCCAGUCCCGGGUCCUCCCCCUGCUGCCCCUCCGCCUCGAGGAGACCGGAAUCUCCCACCCGUUCCUGGGCAACCCCCACGGCCUCCUCCUGCUCGCAAUCAGAGAGCUCCGCAACGUGGACCCACUCCACCACCUCCUCCUUCUGGAAGACAUGGACCUCCACCUCCUCCACCUCCUUCUGGUUACUCAGCAGCCCCUCCACCACCACCCAGUGGGUCAGCACCUCCACCGCCUCCUCCCCCUCCACCUCCUCCACCACCUGCUUCCAUCUCCAGCCAUAGCAGUGGCAGCCCAGUCAGUUCGAACGCACCCUCAGGAGGCGGCAGAGGAGCUUUACUAGACCAGAUCCGACUGGGCACCAAGCUAAAAACUGUUUCAGAAAGUUCUGAUCCUUCUGCUGCAGCUCAGGAUCAGAGUGAAGAGGGCAUUGUUGGAGCUUUGAUGAUGGUGAUGCAAAAAAGGAGCAAAGUCAUUCAUUCCUCAGAUGAUGAAGGUGAUGAUGGAGUUGAAGAUGAUGAUGACGAUGAAUGGGAUGAUUAAUGACCGUAUCCACCUUUGGCGCGCGCACGCACACACACACAUAUAUAUACAGGGUGUCUUUAAAAACUGGACACAUAGGCAAAAUGCAUAUUUUCAGUACAUUUGAAUACAUUUUUCAACAACAUUUUAUUUCAUUAGAAUAUUAAUCAAUAAGUGUCCAGGCUUUAGGGACACCCUGUAUGAUGAAGUUAUUUGAGAAAACAGAUUUAUUACAAGGUUUCCCUCAGGUAGUUCUAGAAUAGUCUUAAAUCUUAGUAUAAAUCUUAGCGGUUUUUAACUUACUAACUUUGUAAAUACCUCGGUUUGUUACAACCUAUCACAUACUCCCAUACAACAUCAAAGUUACAAUUACUAAAAUACUUUAUUAACAAAUAAUAAUAUUUGGUCUCAUUAUGUUUGCAUAUUUUGCUAAAAGUAUGCAUACUUUAUUCGGGAAAAUGUACUACUACUUUGUAGUCUGACACCCCUGGUUUAGCAUGUUGUAAUGACUACUGUAAAGGUAAAACUGAAGCCUAGACAUAAAUAAAUAAGUGUUAUUUUUUCA